UCGUUGCGACCUGCAACCACUUAGUUAACCGUGCUGUUGUCGGUAAUAAUCGGUUGUACGAACAAAAACAAACAAAUACCUGUACGGACAGUCUUCUGCGCAGCGAAAGAAGCAGAUACCGGUUAUUAUUCACAGGCAGCAUUUUGACUUCCUAUUCUCCACCUCCAGUUUACCGAGACGCAGGCCUGUCCGCAAUGAAAGGUGUCAAUGUUGUUGUGGUAGGAGCCGGUGUGAUCGGAUUCUCCACUGCGGUCUGCAUCGCCGAGGCUCUUCCUUCGUGCUCCGUCACCCUGUUGGCUGAUAAGUUCAGCCCGGACACCACCAGCGAUGGAGCUGCCGGGAUCCUGUUCGCUGCAAAGUUUCCAGAUGUUCCCUUGGAAAGACAAAGACGCUGGUUCAAAGACAGCUUUGAUCACCUGUUGGCCAUUGCUCAGUCACAACACUCACCAGAAGCUGGAGUAAUGCUGAGCUCAGGCUGGCAAAUUUUCAGAGAGGCUCCAGCAGAUAUCCGGCCCUUCUGGUCAGAGUUUGUGAUCGGCUUUCGACUCAUGACCGACCGCGAACUGGAGCGGUUCCCAGAUCACGCGUUUGGCCAGGCGUUCACCACCAUAAAAUGUGAAUGCUCGAGCUACCUGCCGUGGCUGGAGAAGAGGUUUAGAAAAGCUGGAGGCCAAGUGCAGCAGAUGAAAGUCAACAAUCUCCAGGAAUUGAGCAACAGCUAUGACAUCAUUGUCAACUGCUCCGGUUUGGGUUCCAAAGCGCUGGUGGGUGACGCCCAGGUGUACCCGGUCAGAGGCCAGGUCCUCAAGGUGGAGGCGCCCUGGCUGCAGCACUUCAUCAGGGACGGGGACGGAAAGACCUACAUCUACCCCGGCGUACACAGCGUCACCGUUGGCGGCACGAGGCAGGAGGGGGACGGGCGACUGCAGGUGGACGCGGGCGACACGAGGAGCAUCCUGGAGCGCUGCGUCCGGCUGGAGCCGUCGCUCGGCGAAGCCAAAGUGCUCAGCGAGUGGGUCGGCCUGAGGCCGAGCAGGAGGAACCCGCGGGUGGAGAGGGAGGCGGUGCAGCUGCGGGGCCGCCGGGUGCCCGUGGUCCACAACUACGGCCACGGGGGCUGGGGAGUCACUCUGGCCUGGGGCACCGCCCUGGACGCAGUGGGGCUGGUUAGACAGUGUCUUCACGAAAAGCCUCCGCAGGCUAAACUGUGAACAAAUUCAGCCACUGACUCGUUUUUAAACGGUGCUGAUAACACUGACACAGACACACCUGGUGAAAGACGUUAAAAAAUUAAAUCACUGAAGAAUUUAUUCAUAGAUUUAGCAAUUUAAACGUAAGUAAAGGUAAACGGAGAAACAUGAAAGGAAAAUUAUGCUUUUAAUAAUAAAUUCUAUCAUUUGAAAGUUACUGCUAACAGUGGUGAACUAGUCUGUCCGUGGUUAUGAGGGAAUGUCAUUAUAAUAAACCGUUUUUUGAGGGAGACAGGUGAUUAACAGCCUCGUUAGCUUUAUAUAAAGCAUAUAAAUUAAUUAAUGAGAUGGAAAAUACUGCACAAUAAUUACUGAUGUGAAAUCAACAUUUACGUUAACAGUGUCUGGUUGUGUUCAACGACUAAACAUUAUACUUAGUACUGUAUAUUGUACCUGUGUGCCAGGACGCUGCUGAUUGUUUCCUGUGCCAACAACAUUAACCUCUGUCAUUACUUGAAAUUAAAUGAAAAACAAUUCCUCUUAUUUACAAGA